GUUGCGUUUGAGAGUGCGUCCCGAGCAGACCUGCGAGUUCUGUGGCUCCCGGAUAAAUUCGCACAAGAGCAGUGGUGUAAUCUGCUGUCCCAGAAAGGUUUGUUCUGACUGUUGAGCAGGAAAGGAGGAAGUGCAAGUGAAGUGAAGUUACAAGUGCAUCCGAAAUUGCUGUUAUAACGAUAAUCCGGAAUGUAAUCCGUGUACCGUACAUAGUCUGUGCAGAGAGCAAGUUCUGGUGAUGCUGGUGCUACUUUACUGUUUAGCUACAGGCCAGUACAAUACUGUAACAACGUACAAAGAAGACCCAUGAGUGGACGCUGUCAACCAGUACUUGCUGAGUGGAUUUGGAAUAACGGUAGACCAGCGGCAAGUUGAGCAAUGGAAGCAGGAAGCUGGAACCCGGCGGUGCACAUAGACAGGAGAUGUUGCAAUUCUUGCUGCAGUACUCGGCGUUCCGUCCGUCGGUUGUGUGUUGCAUCGUCGUAACGUCCUGCCUGAGUGACCAGCGCCAGGGGCUUCCGUAGUCACUGCACCUCGUCGGUCAGCCAGAAGAAAAGCAAACCCCGUGCCGUGUCAACUAGUUUGUCAUCUUUGUUGUUGUUGGGGCGAAAGUGUUGUGGGCGCACAUUCUUAGCCGAAGAUCAGUGUAAUUCCGUGGGAACCGCACUGGAGCGUGGAAAAGCUAAGGAAAAAAAGAAAUAAUAAUUUAAUUACCCGUGUAAUUAGAGCUAAGUGCAUCGUAAAAAGGGGAAAUAGAUUUUCUCUCGGUGAAACAGGGUGAGAAAAAAAAGAAAGUCAAAAGUCACACUAAGCGAAGAAGGUGGCUCCCAUAUGUGUGUUGGUGUGUCUGUCCGUGUAAGUGUGUUUGUGUAAAUAUAUCGUCGUAGAUCCAGAAUUCAAGCAAUUCGAUGCCAAUGGCCACCGUGGUUGUCGUCAGCUGGCAUUGAUGGCCCUCAGAGCGAUGCUUGCCGGAGUGGAGCAGGUUCCGGGACCGGUAACGAUGGUGGCUACGCUGGAUUCGACCGUGGUCACCAAUUUGUCGUCCGCCACCAUGGGAAAUCCCAACGGAACGUCCUCGCUGGCCAGCACGGUCAUCACCGAUCUGGCCACCAUCGGACCGACGGAGCUCACCUCCAGCGAACGGGCCAUCGAAGUGAGCGUUCUGUGCAUGAAAAGCUUAAUCUUCGGAUCCAUCAUCAUCGGGGCUGUGCUAGGAAAUGCACUCGUUAUCAUUUCGGUGCACAGAAAUAGGAAGCUAAGAGUAAUAACCAAUUAUUUCGUUGUAUCGUUAGCAAUGGCAGACAUCAUGGUGGCACUAUGCGCCAUGACGUUCAACGCGUCCGUCGAGCUGUCUGGGCGGUGGUUGUUUGGUCCGUUCAUGUGCGACGUGUGGAACAGCUUGGAUGUGUACUUCUCCACGGCCAGCAUCCUGCAUCUCUGCUGCAUUUCCGUCGACAGAUACUUUGCCAUCGUGCGACCCCUCGAGUAUCCGCUGUACAUGACGCAUCGAACGGUUGGCUUCAUGUUGGCCAACGUGUGGGUGCUUCCGGCUCUGAUAUCCUUUACGCCCAUCUUCCUCGGCUGGUACACGACAUCCGAACAUCUCGAGACCCUCAAGGACAAUCCACAAAUGUGCAUUUUCGUGGUCAACAAGGCGUACGCAAUCAUCUCCAGUUCGAUCAGCUUCUGGAUCCCGGGAAUCGUCAUGAUUACGAUGUACUACAGGAUAUUUAAGGAGGCAAUCCGGCAGCGGAAGGCUCUCAGCCGGACCAGCUCCAAUAUCCUGCUCAACAGCGUCCAGAUCAACAACUCAAACACGCUGCACGCCAACUACCACCGAAAUCACCACUUGCGGGCCAGCGACUGCGAUCUGGGGAUGGACAUCAAGGACAUCCAGCACGACACCCACAGCGAGCUGAGCGAUUUGGACGUUCCAAUGAUUGUGCCUACGAUCGUGAGCAACAAUGACGACGAUCUGCUGGUGCCGUCUUCGCCGCCGCGGCGUCUUAGCCGGAGCAGUAUUGAUCUGCGCGAUCUAGAGUACAAGAACGAAGCGGCCAAGAUCAAGAACUCGGACAGCGUCAGCUCGAUCUUUCCGCUGCAGUACGAAAACAACCUGCGCUACUCGGGCAGUGAGCCGAUCCACGUGAAGGAGAACCAACAGCGAAGAGCUUCGCGGAAGGAGAGCUUCAAGCAGAUCAACUUUUUCCAGCCGUUCUUCUCGAGGAAUAGCUUGCUAAAGUCGUACAUCAAGAGUGGUAGCGCCACGGGUCAGAGCCUGAACAAUAGCAAUAAUAGAGAGAAUAGCUACUGCAACAACCGGACGGUUUCGGAGAAGAAGCUGAACAACAAAAACAAAGACAAUCGAUCGAAUAACAAUAUAAUUGACUUGAUAAACGUGACUUCAUCGCUCAACAAGGAGAGUGUUGUGACGGAGAAGGAGGUGAACACACACAAACGGCACCAGAUAGCGGCCAGUGAGUCGGACUUUCUGACAAUGAUUCAAAAGCAACGAUCGCAGAGGCUGGGCCUGGGAAAGAACAAUGCCAGUGUGAAAAAGGCCAGUAACAUAGACGGCCCGAGAGAGGACCAGCUGAUUUAUGCGCUGAGCGAUUCAGAUUUCACGGCUGCGUUCCAAGGGGAUGAAAACAUCAUGAAGUGCUUCAAGAACCUCAAGGCUAGCACUGAACACAAGGAUGGAAUCUUCAAAAUAACGCUUAACGGGGAGGUUGGAUCCGCUCCUGCCGCCGCUGCCGGGAUCAAUGACACUCCGGAUAUUCUGAUUGGAUGCUUCGACCAUGGUUUCAGCGGGACCAGACCGAUGAGUCCGACCAGUCCGAAGGAGAUUGUGUCCGCAUGUGCAGAAGAGAACGUCCUUAUCAAGUCAUCCAAUCUUAAAGUUGUGAAUAGUAGUACGGCCAACGUAAAUAGCACAGUUAGUGAUAGUAAUUUAAGCCACGCGGACGGUAGCUACGUGAUAGAUCUCAUAUCGGCCAUUUCGUCGGCAGGUUCACCACCUCACUCGGCAGGUCUCCUCCCGGAGGCCAUCUCACGGGAGAACGAACGACUCAAAAGCAAUGAACGGAUUGCGGUAGCCCAGCUGGACAGUCUAAAACCGGUGGUGAACCUCGGCGAUACGGGCAGUCCUGUCAACGUACUGAGCGAAGCCUCCACCAUAUCACUGGACCUGGUGUCCACCGGUCCAAGCACAAAACUGCAAGUUCCUAGCACUGCUGUCACCGCGAACGCCAUCGAAGACAGCGUCAACCCGGUGGACCAUUCGGUGGACGCACAGCAGGUCAUCAACAAUCCAGACAUCAUAAUCGAAAAUAUCCGGAACGAUAGUUUGAACAACCAACAGCAGCCCAUUUCGACGGCCACAUCGACCUCGGUCGUAAUGCCUCCGUCGAUCAUGACCCCGUCGCCGGUGCACCACCCCGGACUGCACCGGAAGCGACAAUCGUCCACCGUAACCUACAAUAUCAACGUGAUCAACUUUAGUGACAAUCCGGACGACGACGGUGGAAGCUACCAAAUGAACAACCGGAACGGCACUAAUGGUGGAACCGGUUCCGGACCGGGUGCCGGUGGUCGAUCCAACAGCUCAACGAAUUCAAGCCAGAAGCAUGCCCGCCGAGGCGCCAUCUGCAUCGUGAUCAACAACGACGGCGUGGUCAACGCGAACGACACCGACACGGACUUUGACGACCCGGACGGCCACCAUAACGACGUCCAGGGAGGCGGCCGCCGCGUUGGUCCGGCCGGCCAGGGCGGAUGUUGUUGUUCGCCGGGGUGUUGUCACCACGACGACGGUUCGGGUGCGGCCAACUGUCGCCAUCACAAGUUCCGCAAGAUCAAGUGCCUGUGGAACCACUUCAAGCGGUACGGGUUCCGACGGCGGCGCGGUUGUUCCGACACUGGUCAGCGACGCCGUAACGAACCGUGUGACGUCGGAUGUGGCGUCGGUGGCCCCGAGGGAACCAGACUGACCGUUCCGUCCCAGCCUGGCGGUGGCGGCCCCGGUAGUCGUUGUAGCAGUGUUGGCUACGGGGAAGGUGGCACAUCGACCCGGCAGUCCAAGGGCUGGAGGGCGGAACACAAAGCGGCCCGAACCCUCGGCAUCAUCAUGGGCGUCUUCCUGCUUUGUUGGUUGCCCUUUUUUCUGUGGUACGUCAUCACGAGCCUGUGUGGCGAGGAGGCCUGUCCCUGCCCGGACGUAGUCAUCACGGUGCUGUUCUGGAUCGGCUACUUCAACUCGACGCUCAAUCCGCUUAUCUACGCGUACUUCAACCGGGACUUUCGGGAGGCGUUCCGGAACACGCUGCAAUCGCUACUGCCCUGCUUCUCCAAAAAGAGCCCCUACGGCGGCCAGACUGCGUACUACGUGUAGUAUUAAGCCCAGCUUUAGGUUUAAAUUUACUUUUUAUGUUUUUUUUGGGACAUAAACGAGUAGGAGAUUUUAUUAUAUUUUUUGGUGUGUGUAAGAAAGAUAAGAUUGUGUGGUUGAUUGGUAGCCAAAUAAAAAAGAAAAUUGAAAACGGUUGAUUUGGUAAAAAUGGGUGAGACGAAGCACUUAAGUCAAUUUAACCGCAUGAUUUUUAUGAUUAUUAUUUUGGUAAUUUUUUGAAAUAUAUCAUGAAAUUUAUUUUUAAAAUAUUUAUGCUACAAAAAUGUUUUACUGAAUUGAAUUCUUCUUUCUAGGAUAUUUUAUUGUAAACCUGUAAAUCUUUGCUAAAAUCCAAUACACUCAAUGGAGACGCAUGGUAGCCCUAGCGUGGCAACAAUUUCCCACAACAUUACCAAAGUUCUUUCACAAAAUCAACCCUGUUUCCACGGAAUCAAUUCUGGGCCCCAUUCGUUAUCACUCUGUCUCUCAAUUUGUUUGUUCUUUUGUCACUUUGAACUCAAUUUCCUCCUCGCAUUCUCGUCGAUCCCAUCGUGCUUGUGGCACAAUUACUUUUGCACAACAUUUUCACAGCACUCACACGUGCACGUGCAGGUGAAAAGGGUUGAAAAACAUCGAUGUCCGGAACGGUCACUCGAGUGAGAGAGAGAGAGAGAGAGAGAGAGAGAGAGAGAGAGAGAGAGAGAGAGAGAGAGAGUCGAGGUCCUCUGUGUUGAUUGGAAACGUGCCUGCUGGUGAUGAGUUAUCUUCGUGGAAGUUGGAAAGUUGCUGGUUUCUAGUUUGUUGUUAAUUUAAAACAUACUAUAACAAUUUUUUGAUUGAUUUUGUCAAACAAAAAUCAGAUUUUCACUUUGAACUGAAACGUAUUUGAAAAAUAAAAUAUUCGAGGACCACCCUAUCGCUCACAACUACUACCAAAUGGCAGCAACAAGUGCGACGGAUGGACCAUAUUGUGAAUAAAAAAAUCAACCUCAGGACAUCAGGACAAACACAAUCGGGAUCCGAAGAGGGCAAUGUUGUUGUUACUGUUGCUGCUGUUGAUGGGUCCAGAACACAGGCACCGUACACAUCAGCGUGUUUAUCUUGUUUUCCUCUCGACACGCAUUCAAACAAUCGGGUGGGGUUCUUUUCAACUUGAAUCACGUGGGAACAGGUUGGGUUCGAGGGAAAAGAGUGAUGGGUUGGGUGGAUUGAAAUAUUUUGUGCAUGUGAAGUUUUCCCUUUCAACGUGUUCUGGAAAAACAUCGACUUUGGAACUGAUUGUUUCCGAGAAAAUACUGACCUGAAACUUGACCAACAAGUUGACCCUGGUACAGAAAUCGCUAUAUUCUGCGAAAUAGUUUUUUUUUGUCAGCAGGUAUUAGACUUUGACUAUGAUUUUCGUGUUUGACAGUUUUGCAAACUGCCAAACUGUCAAAUACAUCAAAGACAGCAGGCAAACUGAUAAACUGUCAAAUAGAAUGAGUUUGUUUAUCAUAGUCUAAUACCUGCUUGAGGUUGCAGAAGAAAUCAUAUGUUUCCAAACAUGUGUGCAUGAAAAUAUUCUUAUCUGACGCUUUCUUCAUAAAUGUCAUAUUAAGAACAUUGUUCACAAAUAAAUUACAAUCAGUACAUCAGUUUUCACAGUUUCCAAUAUAUUUUUUUAAAUUGUACAGCUGAAUUUUUAUGUCCCUUAUAUGAUUUGUUCUUGAAAGUGUAAGACAAUAUUUGUUAAAGAAUUUUCCCGAGUUUAAAUUUCUUUCGAUAUAAUUUUGAAAAAAGAAACUUCAAUUGAUUUCGGUAUUAUUUUCGUUUAUGCAUUCGUUAAACCUCAAUAGCUUUAUAUUAUUUUUGGAUGUUAUUUUUGUGGAACAUUGAUAAUUUUACCGAGGUUUUGCAAAAUCGGACAUUUACUUCCUUAUUUCAUAACUAGUGAACUCUGGUUUAAAUUUAAUUCUUCUUGUAUUAUUCGUCAUUUUGGUCAUGCUUGUGACAUAGUUACUGCACAUUUGAUAAAAACUUCAAUAUUGUAUAUAUAGGUCUUUUCUAUGAUUUUAUUAAAAACGAGUUAAAAAACUGGUUUAGUCCAAAAAAAAAACUAUUUUAAAAUAGCUCAUUCUACAACUAAGUGGGGCAAGACGAACAACUUAUUGGGGCAAAAGGAAUAGUUAUCACUUAGAAACAUAAGAUUAUAAUGUAUUCUGAACAUCUCUUUGAUUUUUAAGAGUAAUAUCAAUAAAAUUUACUAUUAAUUUGAACGUUUUUACGAAAAACUAGCAUGAUUUAGAAGAUACAUGAUCAAUUUUAAUAAUAUAAUUUUAUUUUGCGAGGACUUUUUUUUGCAAAAGUUCAAACAACACCUACUUUUUGCAUCCUUACUUAUUUUUGUUACUAUCAAUUACAAUAACAAGGUUGUUAUUAUCAAUAACAAUACUUGCACCUUGAAAACCUUGCCGAGUUUUUAAUCCACUAAGUAAAAAAUUGUGUAAAUUUAGAAGGAGCGAAAUUGAAUGAUUCAAUAUUACUAUUUUUAUGAUGUAAGAUUACCUAAUUUUUUACUGAAAAAAUGACAUUACAACAGAAAAGUCGAAUAUUCUUUCGAUGAAAAAUUGCACACUUUUUCUGACAUAAAAGAUGUUCUCAUUCCCAGAAGUAAUAUUACGAAGUUUUUUUUUACUGUACAUUCAACCCCCGGUGGUUGGUCACUUUUUCGUUUGACACUUUUUUAGUUUGUACCCCGUUGGUUGGUCAAUGUCAGAGUCUCGGCCCAAAACUUCAAACACGAAC